AUGGCACGAAAAUUUUUCGUCGGUGGUAACUGGAAAAUGAACGGCAACAAAAAGGAAAUCAAUGAUAUUGUUGAAUUCCUUAAAGCCGGUCCACUGGAUCCAAAUGUUGAGGUCGUUGUUGGAUGUCCAUCGAUUUACUUGACAUACACCAAGAGUAUUUUACCCAGCAAUGUUUUUAUCAGCGCUCAAAAUACUUACAAAGUUCCCAAGGGAGCAUUUACUGGUGAAAUAAGUCCUGCUAUGCUUGUGGAUAAUGGAAUCCCAUGGGUUAUUUUGGGUCACUCUGAACGUCGAAAUGUUUUCGGUGAAAAUGAUGAAUUGAUCGCUGAAAAAGUCAUCGCUUGCAUUGGAGAAAAAUUGGAAGAACGUGAAGCAAACAAGACUGAAGAAGUUGUCUUCCGACAAACUAAAGCCAUUGCUGACAAAAUAAAAUCCUGGGACAACGUCGUGCUGGCUUACGAACCAGUUUGGGCUAUUGGUACCGGUAAAACCGCGUCACCACAACAAGCCCAAGAGGUUCAUGACAAACUUCGUGCAUGGUUCACCAAAAAUGUCAGUCAAACGGUGUCUGAAUCUCUGAGAAUUAUUUACGGAGGUUCGGUGACUGCUGACAACGCCCAAGAGUUGGCUAAAGAAAAAGACAUCGAUGGUUUCCUCGUUGGAGGAGCAUCUCUCAAGCCUGACUUUGUAAAAAUCGUCAAUGCUAAACAAUAA